UCAGAGCCGGGCCGUGGGGGCGGGGCGCUGGGGGGCCGCGCCGGGUGCGACCCGCGCUGAGUGGAGCGCGCCGAUAGCACGGGUGUGGCCGUCUCUUCCCGCGGGGCAUGGGCGGGAAGCCUCUGGCCUGCACCCCCGGGGCUCCCUCACUUCCUCUCGUGCGUCUCUUGGCUCCCGAUGGGCCGGACCGUGGUCGUGCUGGGCGGAGGCAUCAGCGGCUUGGCCGCCAGCUACCACCUGAGCCGCGCCCCCACAGCUCCCAAGGUGGUGCUGGUGGAGGGCGGCGAGCGCCUGGGAGGCUGGAUCCGCUCCGUGCGAGGGCCCGGCGGCGCCGUCUUCGAACUCGGGCCCCGAGGAAUUCGGCCCGCGGGGGCGCGGGGAGCCCGGACUCUGCUCCUGGUGUCUGAGCUGGGCUUGGCCUCAGAAGUGCUACCUGUCCGAGGAGACCACCCGGCUGCCCGCAACCGGUUCCUGUACGCGGGCGGGGCCCUGCACGCGCUGCCCGCCGGCCUCAGGGGGCUGCUCCGCCCGUCGCCUCCCUUCUCCAAGCCUCUGCUUUGGGCCGGGCUGAGGGACCUGACCGCCCCGCAGAGCAGAGACCCUGAUGAGACUGUGCACAGCUUUGCCGAGCGCCGCCUGGGACCGGAGGUGGCUGCUCUGGCCGCGGACAGUCUCUGCCGCGGAGUGUUCGCAGGCAGCAGCCAGGAGCUCAGCGUGCGGUCCUGCUUUCCCAGCCUCUUUCAAGCCGAGCAAGCCCAUCGCUCCGUGUUACUGGGGCUGCUGCUGGGGACAGGGCAGAGCUCACAGCCAGACUCGGCACUCAUUCGCCAGGCCCGAGCUGAACGCUGGAGCCAGUGGUCACUCCGAGGAGGGCUGGAGAUGCUGCCCCAGGCACUUACUACCCACCUGACCGAGAGGGGGGUCACUGUUCUCAGAGGCCAUCCGGCCUGUGGGCUCAGCCUCCAGGCGGGACGCUGGAAGGUGUCUCUGGGGGACAGCUGCCUGGAGGCCGACCACGUGAUUAGUGCUCUUCCAGCUUCAGUGCUCAGCAAGCUGCUCCCCGCCGAGGCCGCACCUCUCGCGCGCGUCCUGGGCACCAUCCGGGCUGUGUCUGUGGCCGUGGUGAACCUGCAGUACCAAGGAGCCCAGCUGCCAGUGCAGGUGAUGCUGGGAGGUUCCUGGUUACAGGCGCUGGAGGCCAGGGGCUGUGCCUUUUCUCAGGAGCUGUUCCAGCAGCAGGCACAGGAAGCAGCUGCCACACAGUUAGGACUGAAAGAGCCCCCGAGUCACUGUCUGGUCCAUCUGCACAGGCACUGCAUCCCCCAGUAUACACUCGGCCACUGGAGGAAACUGGAGUCAGCUGCCCACUUCCUGGCUAUUCACCGGCUGCCCCUGACCCUGGCUGGAGCCUCCUAUGACGGAGUGGCUGUCAAUGACUGUAUAGAGAGUGGGCGCCAGGCAGCAGCCCGGGCCCUGGGCUUAGAACUUGACCCAUGAUCUCCACACCUCACCUUGCUGUCCCUGCUGGUUGGGACUCACCGGGAAAAUAAAAGUUGUGGGAGAUUG